CCUAAACAACAGUCAACGUAUAGGUUUUUGCUUUACCUAGCUCCAAAAUUACCUAGUAAAUUCUAGAUAUUUAUUGAUUUUUAAGUCCUGUGUAUAAAGUGCAAUUAAGACCAAAUGAAAAUGAGCAAACGGUCCGGAGAAGAGUGUCGUAAAUACAAAACUGGCUCCAAUUCGAGCAGGAGGGUGGAUAGAUCGAGAUCCAGGUCCAGGUCACCGAGGAGAGAAGAAGAAAAGAAAUUGGAUAAUGUAGGACUUGGGGUGAAGAGUCGACUGAAAAGUGUUGGCAUACAGAUGAAACUCACCAACCAGAGGACAACAGCAGUACCAAGGCCUAAAUUGACUGUAGCUGCAGUAUUCAACCAAGACAGUGAUGAAGAACCCGAAGAGAUGCCACCAGAGGCUAAGAUGAGAAUGAGGAAUAUUGGAAGGGAUACACCCACCUCAUCAGGACCCAAUUCAUUUGGCAAGACGAAACAGGGAUUUUCAGACACAAAGAAGCUAUUUGAGAAGAACAUGAAAGAGGCAAUGGAAAAUGCAUUAAAAGAGGAUUAAUGUAAUUUAGACUUCCCCCCUUUUAGUACCUUGAUUAAAUUAAAACUCAAAUUGAUGAGUAACAUGUGAAACCACACAAAUAACUUUUUAGAUAGUUUUUAAAUUAGUACUGUAUUUUAAAUUAAAUUUUUAUUUCUUUAAUGUGAC